AUGCCGACUCUAGGCUUCUUGAAAAAAAAGAGGACGAAGGACUCGUCUGGUUCUCGGGACCUCGACGCCGCCCCGUCUUCCCCCGUCAAGGAAAAGGACACCCAUUCGCCCAUCACCCCCACCGUCUCCAAGACCGGCUCCGACCACCAGGCACAGCACGCAUCCCUAUCGCCGGGCCCCUCCGCCUCGCACACCUCCGGCCACGCCCCUCAGGACUCGCUGACGCAGAACACUCGUCCCGCCGAACCUAUGAACUCCUCUCAGCCCUACGCGCAGCCGUACGCGACCCCGCAAACUAGCUCCCAAAGCCCGCAGCCGUACAGUCCCCAGCCGCAGCACACGCACAACCUGCCCAGCAUACAGAAUCUCAUCAACCCCGCCAACGGCACCGACGCCUCGCGCUCCUUCAAUAAUGCCCAGGAGAAGACAAUGGCCCAAAACGGCAGCGCUGUGACCCCUGCCGGCGGUCAACAGGCCGCGACACCCUCGGUCCGCACCACCAAGGGCAAAUACACCCUCAAUGAUUUCUCCAUACAAAGAACCCUCGGCACCGGCUCCUUCGGUCGCGUGCACCUCGUCCAGUCCAAGCACAACCAGCGCUACUACGCCAUCAAGGUCCUGAAGAAGGCCCAGGUCGUCAAGAUGAAGCAGGUCGAGCACACAAACGACGAACGCCGCAUGCUGCAGAAGGUCAAGCACCCCUUCCUCAUCACCCUGUGGGGCACCUUCCAGGACUCCAAGAAUCUGUACAUGGUCAUGGACUUCGUCGAGGGCGGUGAGCUGUUCAGUCUACUACGAAAGUCGCAGCGCUUCCCCAACCCCGUCGCCAAGUUCUACGCGGCAGAAGUGACGCUAGCACUCGACUACCUGCACUCGCAGAACAUCAUCUACCGCGAUCUCAAGCCCGAGAACCUGCUGCUGGAUCGUCAUGGCCAUCUCAAAAUUACGGAUUUUGGUUUCGCGAAAGAAGUGCCCGACAUUACUUGGACGCUCUGCGGUACGCCCGACUACCUCGCGCCGGAAGUCGUCGCAUCGAAGGGUUACAACAAAUCUGUUGACUGGUGGUCACUCGGCAUCCUGAUCUUCGAAAUGCUGUGCGGUUUCACGCCAUUUUGGGACGGCGGCUCGCCAAUGAAGAUCUACGAGAACAUUCUGAAAGGCCGCGUCAAGUACCCACCAUACGUGCACCCGGACGCGCAAGACCUGCUGCAGAAGCUCAUCACGCCCGACCUCACGAAGCGGUUGGGUAACCUCCACGGAGGCUCCAAGGACGUCAUGAACCACCCGUGGUUCGCAGAGGUCACCUGGGAGAGGCUGGCCAAGAAGGACAUUGAUGCGCCAUAUGUUCCCCCGGUCCGCGCAGGUGCGGGUGAUGCCAGUCAGUUCGACAAGUACCCCGAGGAGACAGAAGCCUAUGGAGCAAGCGGCGACGACCCACACGGUGCUUUGUUUCAGGAGUUUUAG